CUGUCUUUUUCCUCUGUAGGCCUACGUAAAAUAAUCGUUGUGCAUUUGUGUCACACAAUCUUCUGAGAGCUUCAUAAUUAUAGGAAAAUAAACCCAAGGCCUGAGGUGUAUGAUUGUGAUAAUUACGCGACUCCUUGCUAUUUUAGGAAGAUGUGGGUGUGUUUUCCUGGCAAUAAUAAACAGGUUUUUUUUGGGUGUCUGUGUGAACAAAAGUAAUUAAAUUCACAUAGCUGCCUCUUUACACCCCCCAGCCGCCACAAAUCAACAAGUGCUUUGAUCACUAUCAGUAUCAUUAACCCUUUAAGGGAAAUGUGGAAAUGUCCUGUGGCAAUUGAAAUCGUCAUGGAAAACACAUCACCACAUCACCUCCUCUUUACGACAUUCACGAUCAAACACUGAUACAAACCGUCUGAGGUGAUCAAAACACAUCGUAUUGAUGAGAACGGAUGUUUAUUCGAGCAGGGGACCAGUUAUGAUAAGCUCCAUUUUUUAGCAAAGCCCCUUUGGCAUUACUGGUAUUGCUCAUAUCAAUAAGGUGUCAGAAACUCCCUGAACCCAGUUUGGAACUAAACCAGUUUUGAACCGUUUGGAUGUCCUAAAAAAACUGGAGCACUAUAACAUGAAAUCUUAACCCAACAUAUUUAGUUAUUUUCUAUUUCUAUUAAUUUAACAAUUAAAAAAUUCAAACCUGCAUAUCUAAUAAACAAUGAUCGGAAAAUGUGAAAAUUCUAAAAAGUUUUUAAAAGUUCAUAAUUUUUUAAAGGAAUAAUUUUGCUCCUAAAUGGUAUGUUCUGAGUUUACACAAAUUUGGCUCACUAAUGAAUUGAAUUAAGUCAUUUAGAAAAUCUUACUCACAGAUAAGUAUGAACUGAAAAUUAAAACAAAACAAGAAAAAUGUGAUUAUAUAACAAGAAAAAUUCUUGCCCAAGCAGAAUAUCUGAAUGUCCCCCCAGUCUAUUAUUUUUUAGUUUAAUGAACUGUUCAAUUAAACAUUCUUUAAAAUAAAUAAAACAAUGACGUCACAGUUUAUAAAUGUUUUAAAUGAGCAGCAUCAGAGAUCAGACGUGACGGAAUUUAAAUAAAGAAAAAAAAAAUGUUUAACCCGAGAUAAAAAUCAUUCCCGUCGUGAAGGCAUUAAUCUCAGUCCAUGAAUAUUUAUGAAGAGAUGGAAAGUUUGAGGUUUCAGUUCCCGCGUUCUGAUUGGUGACGGUGGGAUUUAAUGAGCCGUUGAGCUCAGCUGAAUACUUGUAUAAAGCAGAGGCUGUUAUCAACCUGCAACACAAACCCAAAGGACCAGCUCAGACAGGCACAAGAAUCAGCAAACUUCUCUGAAUCGCUUGUUUCAGCACACAGGACUGACUGAAAUGGCCGGUGACAUGCUACUGAAAAGUGGAUUUCUUCUGCUGCUUGUCUUGCUUGCAUCAGCGUUUGAAACUGACCAAGGAGCUGCACAACCAAGACGAGCCCGGUUCUCAGCCAACAGCCCAACUGAUGUUGCCCGCUGCUUGAACGGCGCGCUUCAGGUGGGCUGUGGGACCUUCGCAUGUCUUGAGAAUUCUACCUGCGACACUGAUGGCAUGCACGAAAUCUGCAACGCCUUCCUCCACACUGCUGCAAUCUUCAACACGGAGGGUAAGACCUUCGUGAAAGAGAGCAUCAGGUGCAUGGCUAAUGCCAUCACAGCGAAAGUUUUCCAGACCAUCAGACGUUGUUCCACCUUCCAGAAGAUGAUCGCUGAAGUGCAGGAAGAAUGCUACAAGAAGCUGGACCUCUGUGAAGUGGCCCGAACCAACCCUGAGGCCAUCGGGGAUGUGGUCCAGGUGCCCAGCACCUUUCCCAACAGGUACUACAGCACGCUUCUGCAGAGCUUAUUGGAAUGCGACGAUGACACUGUGGAGGUGGUGCGUGCCGGGUUGGUGUCCAGAUUGGGACCUGACAUGGCCACCCUCUUCCAGCUGCUGCAGAACAAACCCUGUCCAUCCGAACCAGCCGCAGCCGGGCCUAUUGGGAUGGAGGGUCACAGUGCCUUCCGUUGGCCCCCCAUGUUCAAGAUCCAGCCCAACCUCCGCAACAGGGACCCCAAUCACCUCUUCGCCAGGAAGCGCUCUGUCGAAGGAAGUUCUUAGAGUGCACGUUCAGUCACAACUCCGUAUUUGCAGACUCCUGCGUACCGUAUGCGUAUAACUGGAAGAUAGUGUUUAGGGAUAAGGGCAUAAGAAUGAGUUUAGUUCAAUAAAAAUUGUUGAUUCCCAUUUAAUUGCGUAAAAAUAUCUUACUUCUAUAAUGAAAUGUUUGAUGCACAGAAUAUGAUGGAAAAAGGAGACCUGACACGUUAACCAACCGCUAGUGGCAGGAGAAAACUAUUUAUUAGUGUUCCUUCUGUAUAAUUGAUAUUUAUUUUUCCUACCAAAUGUAAUUUAUAUAGUUUACGAUUGUAAAGUUGUAUUGUUCCAAGAUUCUUUAUUCUUUAAGAGAGACUGAGAAACUAGAUUUUUAUGGAGAGAAA